ACUCGGCAUGGGACUCGGGCACCAGGAACAGCGGCGGCAGCCCUUGGAGGGGACCAGCGCAGCGGGGAGGUGAGAGGUGCUUCCUAGAGGGGAGCGGACACCAAGAGAGGUCGCCAAGUGAGGCCUGGGGACGGGAGCGCCGGUCGAGUCAGCGCCAAACAGGGAGAGCCCAUUACGUGACUGUCCCGAGGGCUCGGGCUCCCAGCCCUUGUACUGCGCAAAACUGGGCGGUGAGAGCCGGCUGCCGGUGCGCUGAUGAACUUUGUUUCCUCUAGAGCGUGAUCUCGGAGUCCUCCGGGCAGCUGCUUGUCUUAAAAAAUGCUGGAGGCUGGGCGGGGGCCCAGGCCUGGGAACCUGUUCUUCCUGUUUCCUGCCUCAGUCCCAGCAGCUGGUCCAGGCCUGUGCAUAUGUGAGUGAAGAACUGGAGCAGGCGCUGAGCAUCCUCACCACCUCAAGAGCAGGAGCUGAUCAGGUCCAGGGCAAUGGCAGCAGACCUGGAACCCUGGAAUAGCACCAUCAAUGGCACCUGGGAGGGGGACGAACUGGGAUACAAGUGUCGUUUCAACGAGGACUUCAAGUACGUGCUGUUGCCCGUGUCCUAUGGCGUGGUGUGCGUGCUCGGGUUGUGCCUGAACGUCGUGGCUCUCUAUAUCUUCCUAUGCCGCCUCAAAACCUGGAACGCCUCCACCACCUACAUGUUUCACCUGGCAGUUUCGGACUCUCUCUACGCAGCGUCCCUGCCGCUGUUGGUUUAUUACUACGCCCGGGGUGACCACUGGCCAUUUAGCACGGUGCUCUGCAAGCUGGUGCGUUUCCUCUUCUACACCAACCUCUACUGCAGCAUCCUCUUCCUCACCUGCAUCAGCGUGCACCGGUGCCUGGGAGUCCUGCGCCCUCUGCACUCCCUGCGUUGGGGCCGGGCCCGUUAUGCCCGCCGGGUGGCUGCGGUUGUGUGGGUGCUGGUGCUGGCCUGCCAGGCACCCGUGCUCUACUUCGUCACCACCAGCGUGCGGGGAACCCGGAUCACUUGCCAUGACACCUCGGCCCGAGAGCUCUUUAGCCAUUUUGUGGCUUACAGCUCCGUCAUGCUGGGUCUGCUUUUUGCUGUGCCCUUUUCCGUAAUCCUGGUCUGUUACGUGCUUAUGGCCAGGCGGCUGCUCAAACCGGCUUAUGGGACCACAGGAGGUCUGCCUCGGGCCAAGCGCAAGUCUGUGCGCACCAUUGCCUUGGUACUGGCCGUCUUCGCCCUCUGCUUCCUGCCUUUCCACCUCACGCGCACCCUCUACUACUCCUUCCGAUCACUUGACCUCAGCUGCCACACCCUCAACGCCAUCAACAUGGCAUAUAAGAUCACCCGGCCGCUGGCCAGCGCCAACAGUUGUCUUGACCCGGUACUCUACUUCCUGGCAGGGCAGAGACUUGUCCGCUUUGCCCGAGAUGCCAAGCCACCCACGGAGCCUACCCCCAGCCCACAGGCUCGUCGCAAGCUGGGCCUGCACAGGCCUAACAGAACUGUGAGGAAAGAUUUGUCAGUCAGCAGUGACGACUCAAGACGGACAGAGUCCACACCAGCUGGAAGUGAGACUAAGGACAUUCGGCUAUAGCACCUCAGUCAGGUGUCAGUUUAUGUAGGGGAGCUGUAGGGGACCAAGGCUUGUUAAAGGGGCUGAUAUCCUCUGAUGCGGAUCAACAGCUCUCACUUGGCAGGGGCUCAGGAUACUCAUCUUGCGGUCCCAAGAGUAGCAGGACUCCAAAGUCCCCAAUCAUUUGUACGUGUGAGUUGGGAAACCAUAUCUUAAGAAAGGCAGUGCCACCCGACUCCUAUGCAGACAGCUGCCAUUCCUGCCAAGGUACCUAGGCUGAGGUUCAGCCUCCCAGAUCCAAGGGGGAAGCAGGCUCAGAGAGGACACAGCAGAGCCCAGGCUACCUGGAUUAGGAGUAGAAUCCCAAGGUGACUGGAGGGCUCUUGUUCCCAUGGUGAUGUAGGAUGGACCUGGGCACGAUGGACUUAGCUCAGAGGAGGACCCUCAGGCCAAGAGACAAACCUCUGAGAGCUAAUGUCAGGUCCCUGGAGACUCCCCUGGCUGGCAGCAGGUGGGAACCAUAACUUAUAUGAAAGGCUGUGCCACCCAUUGGGCUGUGCUCUGGGGCAUGACCUGGGAAGCUGUCACCACCCACACAAAGGCCUGUUAUCUCUGCCUCCUGCCUUCCUUCAGUAGUAGGAAGUCUUGGAUGGGUGUGUGUGUGUGUGUGUGGUGGGGGUGAUCCCUUCUCAGUCCCCCAGGUCAACCCUGCCUUUCAGCCACUUGUCUUCUGUAUUGUACUGUGCCAAGCAUGGAGAGGAGUCAAAUAGAGUUCUGGUUCUUGGGGUUCCCCAGUUCACAAAACCUCUCAUGUGCUGGCAAAUGUCAAACCAUUAACUGAACUGGGUUGGGGAGGGGCUUUUAUUUAUAACACUGCCAAUCCCUGUGGUGCAAGCAAUUCCACUGUGGCCAAUCCUAUUUCAAUUUAAAAUUACCAAUACAAAGGCGAACCCAUUGCAAAAUUCCUGAAAAAUCAACAACUGGUUCUUUUUUCUGGGCUCGUGGGGGAGAGUAGUGUAGCUGAUGAGGCUCAUCUCGGAGAACCAAAGGCGGACUUUGAAUUAGCCAUGUAGCUGAAACUGGCCUUGAACCUCUUACCCUCUUGCCUCCAUCGACAAAGCGCUGGGAUUACAGGUAGAUGCCACACCUAUCCAACAACUGGUUCUUAAAAGCAGAUGCAGGGUACUUCAGCACAAACCAUGCUGACUAGCUGGGACCGUGUGAGCCCCAGUCAGGGAGGGGUCCCUGGAAUGCAUGACAGUGGACCAUGCCAGCUCUGGAGUUUAGGCAGGAAUGGGCAAAGGUGACAAGCCUCAUGAUCUCAAGGACAGGAGGUCCCUUGUAAGGACCCUCUCCCCAUUCCACCCUGCCCAUCUCCUCUAUCUCCCCUCCCCCCUCUCAGCCAUUAAAGCUGAGGCAUCACCAGUU